UUGUUGCAGAAAUUCAUUAAUAAAAAUGCAUGAGUAUGGCAAGCCCAUGUUAUAUCAGCUGGCCGCUUUUUCUUGAUUUUCUACUGACGUUUAUCGAAAUAGGGGGAGUAUUUGAAAGAAAUUUUCUUUGUGUAUAAAAGAAACGAAACGAGAAUAACAAAAUCAUUGGUUUAUAUAUCUUUAAUUUUAAAGAGAUCACAAUAUAAAUAGUUUAUAUAAAACAUCAAAUUUAAAUUGUAAAUUUUUUAAAAAGUAAAUCACAUUUUUCGUUUAAGUAAUAGAAGCAUAAGAAAUACUCCCGAGCUAGGAAGUCAUGGCCGAUAAUUACUUGCAGCCAGUGAAUAAUCACUUCGACUUGAAUGCAGGCGAUCUAGAAGAUGUAGAUGAUGAUAUUUUUUUGAAUAACUCUCGCUCCAAUAGCACAAUAUCGGGACGUGAUAGCGGAAUGGAGGGUGCUGUUGGUGGUCGUAGCACCAAUCCAUUUGAUGACCCUCAACAGAUUUAUGCAGAGAGACGUAGAGAAAUUGAGUCUCGCACGUUGGAGUCUACACAGCGUAGUUUAGGUUUGUUAUAUGAAACGGAAGAUGUAGGCAAAGCUACAGCAGCUGAGUUGGCGAAACAACGAGAACAAUUAGAGAACACCUCGCGACAGUUAGACGAAAUCAAUUCAACACUGCGCUUUAGCCAACGUCAUUUGAACGGCUUGAAAAGCGUGUUUGGAGGUCUUAAAAACUAUUUAUCCGGUAAUCGUGAUGUACCCUUAACCCGUACACCGAGUACACAAAGUGGUGUCAAUCAAUUUGGUCAAAACGAGGAAUCAACAGAAACUACUGUUAAUAUUAGCAAAUCACCACCAGCUAUGUCGCCAACAGAACGUUAUGACAAUCAUCCUAUAAGUCGCAUUAGGAAUGAUUCUACAGCAAUUAAGCAACGUGAACAAAUACAAGCUCAACGCAGCAAUAAUCCAUUCCAAACACAAUUAGAAUCGAAUUUAGACGAAAUGUGCGAUAAUUUGUCACGUUUAAAAUUUCUUGCCACUGAUCUGGGAAGUGAAAUCGAAUCACAAAAUGAAUUAUUGGACAAUAUGAAUUAUAAAAUUGAAGAUGUGGACUUGAAGAUGAAUAAACAAAAUAAGGAAAUUAACAAGUUGUUGGGUAAAAAGUGAAUAUAACUACAACAAUAUAAAGAUAAAGAUAUGGGUGUAAAACUGAAAGUGUGGUAGCAGCCUUAUGCGAAUAUUUGUACAUUUAUUUUUUAGCAAUUAGUACAUUCAUGUAUUUGGGUAGUCUUUAAAACUCGCGCAUAUAUAUUAUUUUGGUAGGCAUACAUUCAUGUAAAGUAUUUAAAUUUCAGUUUAAUAGAUAUUUUAAAAUAAAAGUAUGUACAUUUUUCUUUUUUGCCUUCCCGUUAUUAAAUUAAAAUAUUUUGUACUUUGAAAAGAUUUGUUUUCAGAAUCAUCAGAAAUAAUUAAAAUUAAUUUACUUAAAUUUAAAGAUAACACUAAUUAAGUUCAUAAAAAAAAAAAAUUAUAUACCUAAAUAUAUCAUUAUAAUAAAGUUCAAGAAACUGGAGUUUGAUAAACCAAAAAAAUCUGAUAACCUUUGGUUGUACCCUAUAAUAUACAUAAACAAGAUUUUAUUCCAAAGCAUAUAAAUAAGUGACAAAAGCACUUGUCAUUGCCAAUUGUUAUCAUAUGCUUUUUCAAGAAUAAGCAAUGUCAAAUAUCAACAUUAAGUCGAUACAUAUAUACAUACUCCGUAUUUCAUUUGACUUCUCCUACCGAUGAAUCACACUAAUGCUACAUGACAACCAACUUGAACAUUACCAACCAAACGGAAAUUAGAUAACCGUUACAAUAACAAUAAUGCUACAAAUGAUAUGGCUGCUGUACAAUAAAUGUAGCAAUACGCAUUUUCCACCGAUUAGGCUUUGAAAUGGUUAAAAUAAAAAUUCUAAUAUUUAAAUACCAUAACAAA